AUGCACAUAGCUGUUGUUUGCAUCAUCCAUCAGGUGCUCGCUUCCCUCAUCAUCCGCCUAGCGUUGGCCGAGACAUUCUGCCUCAACUGUGGCAUCCUUGCCCUAGACGAGCCAACUACAAACCUAGACAGAGACAACAUAGAGAGUCUAGCACACGCCCUCACCGAGAUCGUGACGUACCGCAGCCAGCAGCGUAACUUCCAGCUGCUCGUCAUCCGCACGACGAAGGACUUCCUAGAGAUCCUCGGACACGCCGGAUUCGUCGACAACUACUACCGCGUCAGCAAGAACGCAGAGCCGUUGUCGAUGCUCAGCAGUGCAACAUAUCAGCAAUCAACGGGUGAUGUGUUCUGCAUCUGCGCAAUGUAG